AUGGACGCAAAUGGUCGAAACAAUAGUGGAAUGAGUCUCAGUGAAAUCACGGAGAUUGUGUACUUCUGGGUUACGGACAAUCAACUUUUUUAAAUAAUAGAAUUUACGAGAAGAUCCACAAAUAAUAUUUGUGACUGGAUGAAUCUCUGUAGAAACAUCCAUAUACGUAUAUUUAAAAAAAGGCAACCUUUUAGAGGUUCUGGUCAGAUUGUUCAAAUUGACGAAUGUUUGAUGCGGGACACAGGGAAAAAUAAUAGAGAACGCUUUCGACUUACUAAUUUAAAAAGUGCAGUUAUACCUAGACAAGAAGAUGAAGAAGACACCAAUCGCAAUUAUGGUCGGAGAGUUGGUGGACCAUGGGUAGUCGGAUUUUUUGUUAUUGGAGAAAAAAAAAAUGAAAAAUUACAUCAAAUAAUUAAAAAUGUACCUAUGCAAUAA